AUGGUCAAGUUCCCGCAUUCCGCCGCGGUACUUCUCGGGGCACUGCCAGUCCUCGAUGUGUUCGCCUCUGUGGCUGCUGAAACUGCCCGUGGCAGGGUGGCCGUCCUCAACGGAGUCCCAUACUACGUUGGGGACAUCGCCGUGGCACGCAUCGCAGAAGUUGCCCUAUCUGCUGCAAACCUGCUGCCAGAGGUAGAUGUGGUGCCUAUCACUGUCAUCUCCAGCAAUUCCUCCUCGUUCACUAGCUCAGAGCUUGACGGGGUCAUUGCAAAUUACCUGGCCCGCGACGAUGUCUUUAGCACUUCGUUCCUCGGGGCUGUCUAUUUGAGCUACACGGGAAGCGGAUCACCCGUGGUUGAGGAUGAAUCCAUCGCCAUCGCCGUCGACAAUCAUGAUACCUCGCUCUUUUUCGCUUCACCUGCUUACGCUGUCAACGCGUCGCAAAGUGUAAUCAAGGCAUGUCUAACUGGGGAGUUACCAAACGGACCAUACUUUGUCUCGACCAAAUCAGGACAUGUCUUUGAAGCUCAUCGAUUGUAUGAGGACACUCAUUAUACUUUCCUCGAACCUGCCGUCAGCGACGGACAGGGUGGCUAUCGCGUGCUUUCGGCAAAUAUCGAGGUCGGUCACAUACCUCACGUUCCCUUUGCUCGUUGGCUGACUUGUACCCAGGGUAUCCUCGGGCCUAGCAUUGCCGUUCCAUCUAGGCUGUACUAUACUGUUACUCCCGAGAAGCCUUUAGCAGGGCUCCGAAUGGGCGUAAAGGACAUCUUCCACGUCAAAGGCCUCCGAACAAGUGGUGGAAAUCGCGCCUACUACUCCCUCUACGAACCCCGCAACGCAACCGGAACUGCAAUUCAACGCCUCAUUGAUCUCGGCGCAGUCUUUGUCGGCAAAAUGGGGACUGUCCAGUUUGCGAAUGGCGACCGUCCCACUGCUGAUUGGGUGGAUUUUCAUUGUCCUUUUAAUCCUCGCGGCGAUGGCUAUCAAGUCCCAAGUGGUUCCUCCUCGGGCCCCGGCGCCGGAAUUGGCGCUUACGAGUGGCUUGACAUCGCCAUUGGCAGCGACACUGGUGGAUCCAUGCGCGGUCCUGCAGGUGCGCAGGGUGUAUACGGGAAUAGACCCAGUACUGGCGCUGUAGAUCUCGACGAGGUAAUUCCUCUGUGCGAUGGCCUCGACACCACUGGUGUCUUUGCACGGUCUGCCGAGACGUGGUCUCGCGUCGUGAGUGUGUGGUAUCAGGACUUUGGUGCCGACUAUCCAUCAUACCCUGAUAAGAUCUUCUACCCGAGCGCUUCCUUUGGCGAGGAUGCUGUGGCUAGUUCGGAUGCUCGCAGGGUCAUUGAACAGUUUGUGUCGAAAUUUGAGAGGUUUUUAGGUACGAACCGGACACAUGUUGAUGUAGAUGCGACCUGGAACUCGACGAAACCAGCUGGUGCGCCAAACACGCUUCAGGAUAUGCUUCAUUAUACAUAUGGAACACUAGUCUCUGUGUAUCAAUGGCUGCACUUGGGCGUCCCCUUAUUCAGCGACUACGCCGCCAAGUACGACGGCCGCACUCCGUAUAUCAACCCUGGUCCUCUGCUCCGGUGGAACAUCGGGCGUGAAAGGGGCCAGGCCGGAUGGGAUGAAGCCUGGGCGAACAAGACGAUUUUCAAGAACUGGUGGAGUGGAGCGGCAGGGUUUGGGGCGCAUAACAAUGACAGCUGCUCUGACGGGAUCUACAUCUACCCAAAUAGUAUCGGGGCGCCCGACUACCGAGAUGAAUAUGUUGGGUAAGUCAUCUCGUCCGGUUAUUGACUAUCGCUAACCACGUAUUUAGACCUCCAAGCCCUCCAUACUGGGGCAUGUCUGACAGCAACAUCGCGGUCUUCGCCGGUCUCCCUGACCUGGUUGUUCCCAUCGGCGAGAUCCCGUAUAACAGCACAAAGUCCGGAAAGACCGAGUACUUGCCAGUCACUAUGAGCGUUGUGGCAGCGCGCGGAUGUGACUUGAUGGUCGCGUCCAUGGUGCGUGAGAUGGAGGCUCAAGGGAUCCUGAAGCCUGUGGCGGCCGGGACGAUGCUGUAUCCGUGAUAAAUACUGGAAUGUGAAUAGGCUAGACAUGUUUUGCUGUAGUUACACGCCGAAUCGGUCAUGCAAGGCUUAGAGAGCAUAGAAUUAAGUGGAUUGUCGUUGAUCAACUAGGGUGCGUACCGUCAUCGAAGCAACUUCCUGAAAUCACCUGGGAGAGCGCCUGAAAGCCAGGGGCGACGUAAUGUGAUUAUGUCGGACCCAACUGCAGACACAUGAUACCUGAGGAUACCCAUGAGUCGCCCCAACUUAGCACUUAUAAUCCUCGAGAGCUCCAAAUGUGUCGCUGGAUUGGCCCCACACCUCGGUGCUUGACACAGGCUGGGAGUGGGUGCGGAAUUGAAUCGGGGAAUGAUAUCGCACGUACGAGGAACCAAGCAGGAGAUGGCAGACUGGUCGUUCCUGAUGUUGUUAUUCAUGAACCCGGAAGACUGGCCCUCGACAAGUUUCACGAUACGUGUUACCAAGUCCCGCCCCCCUAGACAUUUGAUGGAGAUCUUCGAGCAUGUCUCCGCCGGUAUCUCUGCGGACGAGCCCUCAUCCCAGUCCUUACCCGUUCAUCGUAAACGUCGCGACCGAGAUACGAGCUCGACCCGUCCCAGUCAGUGGUAUAUGAGGUGAAGCUAUUACGAGCACUCGCGUUUGCAGGUAGGAGCGGUGGCGGUGGCGUGCACCUCCUAGCACUCUCACCCCCACCUCCAUGGCGAUUGUACAUCCAGUCCUGGAACGCCUCCACCCUCAACGGGGCGAAGAUGGCUAUAGCGAAGAACACGCCUGUCA